AUGCCCAGCGAUGCGCAAGCCCCCGUGAAGCUCUCGUUGCCCCUUGAAUUCCAGCAAGACAUCUUCAAAGAGCUGCGCGAAGAGGAUGAGCUCGUCCUCCUCGCGCGCGGCCUCGGCCUUCUGCGCAUAGUCACAAACCUGCUUCACUCAUACGAUGCCGUCGGAAACAACCUCAUUCUGCUCGUCGGCGCCGACGAGCGCGAGAAUGUGUGGAUUGGCGAGGCGCUCGCGGAGCACGCGGCAGUUAGCCAGGCUCCGAAGUGCAGGGGGCUGAGCUUGGUGAAUACAGACUUGAUGAGCGUGGGUACACGUGAGAAGAUGUAUGCGCAGGGCGGAAUCUUCAGCGUCACGUCGCGGAUUCUCAUUGUAGACUUUCUGUCCGGCCUGCUGAAUCCCGAGACGGUGACGGGCGUGGUUGUGCUGCAUGCUGAGAAGGUGGUUGCAACAUCACUUGAGGCGUUCAUCCUCAGGAUAUACCGGCAGAAGAACAAGGCAGGCUUCCUGAAGGCUUUCUCGGACACGCCGGAGCCGUUCACCAUGGGCUACUCGCCGCUCACGAACAUGAUGAAGAACCUCUUCCUGCAAAAGCCAGCUCUGUACCCGCGGUUUCACGUCUCGGUCGCCAACUCGCUCGAGGGACGGAAGAAGGCCGAAGUCAUCGAGCUGGAGGUGCCGAUGACAGACGCCAUGCAGGACAUACAGAACGCGGUGCUCGAGUGUGUUGAGGCCAGCAUCAGCGAGUUGAAGAAAGCAAAUCCGGGACUCGAGGUCGAAGACUGGACGCUGGACAGCGCAUUACACAAGAACUUCGACCUGAUUAUCAGGCGCCAGCUCGACCCGGUCUGGCAUCGCACGACGUUCAAGACACGGCAAGUCGUUCGCGAUCUGUCGCUGCUUCGGACAAUUCUGCAUGCCUUGCUCACUUACGAUGCUGUGAACUUCAACAAGUAUCUUGACACCGUCCUGGCAGCUUCACAGCCACCGCCGGGGUCGACGAAACAGAAUCAGUCGCCCUGGCUCUUCCUCGACGCGGCGGAUACUAUCUUCAGCACUGCGAAGCGGAGGGUGUACACGGGCAAAGUCACCAAUGCAGAGCUUGCGAGGGACGCCAACAUCGCCCCCGAAUCGCUCGAGCCUGUUCUCGAGGAGUUCCCGAAGUGGACACAGCUCGCAGAGAUACUCCAGGAAAUCGAACAGGAUGCUUACUUCAAUCCCACACCUCAGGACAGCUCGAACGGAUCUAUCUUGAUCAUGUGUGGUGACCACGGCACCUGCUCACAGCUGAGAGAAUACCUUCAGACCAUGUAUGUCAGGUCUGAGGAGAGCACGAACGAGGACGAAGAAGAUGGGGAGCCUUCCGGCAGGUUCAUGAUGAGGCGAAAGCUUCGCAACUAUUUGUCCUGGAAGCGCGACUUCAGCAAGGUCAGCUCUACUCUCUUUCAGGAGAAUCAGAAAGCCAUCAACGGCAGCACCGACCAAAAAGUCCAAAGUGGCAGAACCUCAGGUAAACCUCCGCCUAACAAGCGGCGGCGCAUUAGAGGAGGCGGAAACACUGUGACUUCGACUCGAAAUGAUUUCGGUGCUGUACGCACAGCUGGCGACAAGGAUGCCCACAUUGCGAACCUCAUGGCUGAGCUGCAGCCUACCGAACUAGAAGCUGCCCAAAAGCCAGGCGAUGUCGGCUAUGAUCCCCUCGACAACAUGGAAGACUACUACGAGCUCUUCUCCAUGGACUCGACGGUCAUCAUCCACCCCUACUCCGGCGAUCUCGACGAACACAUCCUCGAAGAAACCAAGCCACGCUACGUAGUCAUGUACGAGCCAGACGCCGCUUUUAUCCGGCGCAUCGAAGUCUACCGCUCAUCCCACACCGACCGCACCGUCAAAGUGUUCUUCAUGUACUACGGCGGCAGUGUCGAAGAGCAACGCUAUCUUUCCGCCGUGCGCCGCGAGAAAGACGCCUUCACGCACCUCAUCAAAGAACGCGCAAACAUGGCUCUCACCCUGAACACCAACGCCAACCUCGCCCCGGAGGAGUCGUUCCUGCGAACCAUCAAUACCAGGAUAGCAGGCGGCGGGCGUCUAAGCGCAACAACAGAGCCGCCCAGGGUGAUUGUGGACGUGCGCGAGUUCCGCUCCUCGCUCCCCUCUCUGCUGCACGGCCGCGCCAUGGUCAUCGUCCCGUGCAUGCUGACGGUCGGCGACUACGUGCUGUCGCCGCAGAUCUGCAUCGAGCGCAAAUCCGUGCGCGACCUGAUCGGCUCCUUCGCCAACGGGCGGCUAUACAACCAAGUCGAGUCCAUGACGGAGCACUACAAGCACCCGAUGCUGCUGAUCGAGUUCGACGCAAACAAAUCCUUCACCCUCGAGCCCUUUGCGGACUUCACCUCCAACAAUGCGAGCGGGCUCGCGGCGACCCCGGAUCUGCAGGGCAAGCUCGUCAUGCUCACCCUCGCGUUUCCGAAGCUGAGGAUCAUCUGGAGCAGCAGUCCGUACCAGACGGCUGAGAUAUUUGCCGAGCUGAAGAAACAGCAGGAUGAGCCUGAUCCGCUCAAAGCGGUCAGUUUGGGCUUGGAUCCGAGCACGGGCGGUGAUGAUCUGAGGAGCUUCAAUCAGACGACGCAGGAUAUGCUGAGGACGUUACCAGGCGUGAAUGAGAGUAUCGUGACAACACUCAUGCUGCGGGUUGAGAACCUCGAGGAGCUGGCGAACAUGCUGGAGAGGGAGAUUUGUUGGCUGAUUGGAACGGAUGUUGGAAGACGAGUGUAUCGUUUCUUCAACAGGAGUGUGUACGAGGAUGUGCAGCUGCCGACUUUCAAUUAA